AUGGUUGACAUCAAUUUACAAAGCGACAAUGAAAUACCCAUAGCCGACAAUGACACUGAAAAUGAACCGGAAUCAAUAGUCAUUGCUUAUCUUCGCAACAAAGAUACACUUCGUGAGAAUGAUGAAAUUUUUACGACCAGAAAAAAAUCAUCAUUGCUUGAAAAUGUGCCGAAAAUGGAGACAAUACUUGAGGAAUUAUCAGAAAAUUCGCUGGAUGUUCAUAUUCCAUCAUACCCUGGAUCUCCUCGAUCUCUUAAUGUUGGAUCUGGUACAUCUUAUACAUCUGACAUUCACCAAGACAGUCGUAUUAAAGAAGCUAUUGAGUUUCUCCAUCAAGACAAAGAAUUUUUAGUAGCAGCUGAAAUCGGAAAUGAUAAUUUAUUAGCAAUUUAUAUAAGAAGAGGAUUCGCCAUUCAACAAGUUGAUCAUCUCGGAAGAAAUGCGCUUCAUUUAGCAGUUUGUUCCGGAAAUUUGCGGGCUAUUAAGUUACUCUUAGAUUCUGGUGUAGACCCAAACGUAAAAGAUAACGUUGGAAUGACUCCUCUCUCCCUAUCAUUAAUGAGAAGACCCUCUUUGUUAGUAGCUUCUUUUUUAUUUGACCACGGAGCGAGAAUUAUGCAAAGGUCUAAUCCUAUGGACACUGGCUUAUUUAUUCAAUUUGCAAUGAUGUGCACGCCAACACUAGAAGAACAAAAUAUUCUGCGUCUUCUCGUUUAUAAGGGAGCUGUUAUAAAUGACCCUUAUGCUCCCGGUGGCCGACAAGCCCUCCACUUUGCUGCCAUGAGUAACAAUAUCACUUUAAUAAAAAUCCUUGUAAAACUUGGCGCCGAUAUGUAUAUGACAAAUCAUAGAAAUGAAACUCCAAAGGACACGGCUGCAACCUUCAAAUGUAAAGAAGCGUAUGAACUCUUAUUGCAGCUAGAAGAUAAGGAGCUUACAAUAUCAAAUUCAUCUACUACAUUUAAUUGGUAA